UGCGCGAGGGGUCGGCGACGGGCCGCGAAAGCUGGCGGUCCGGGGGACAACAGCAGCGCUGCUCGGCGGGGAGGUGGCGCAGUUGGCUACACGUAUCCAGCAAUGGCGGCGGUCUUGCGCGAGCACGUACGGGGCGCGCGGCGGUGGCUCUAAGCGACGGCAGAGGCAGCGCUUUUGUAUUCCAUUGAGACCGAAGCUGGAGGCUACUGGGGACCCGGAGUCUCACUCCCGUCUGACGUUAAUGUGCCCGAGAGGACGGCCAAGCCGAAAAUGCUUAUUGAGAAUCCCGAGCAGUUCAAGGCGUGGCUGACGGCCGUUUUGGAGCCGCUAUGCGACGCCGAUCCAGCUGCAUUAGCAAAAUAUGUAUAUGCAUUAGUUAAGAAAGAUAAAACGUUAGAUGAACUGCGAAUUGGUAUGGUGGAGCAACUCGAUGUGUUCUUACAGCAAGAAACGCAAAACUUUGUAGAACUACUAUUUAAAACAUUAGAAACUCAGGAGUACAUAUUACCGGUAAUUAAAGAAGAAGAUGGUAGUAGAACACCUCCAACGGCAAUAACUCCACAGGUUUUGUUGCCAUCGGUGAUUGAACCAAACAGUGCUGCACCAUUAAAUACAGUAAAUACAACACCAAUAGUUCACAUUAAUGGAUCGGCUCCACCUCUCGUAGUAAAACGCGAAACGAGGAAAUCAGAAUCGGAGAAAGAGGAGAAGGAUAGAGAAAAACGACCUCGCAGUCGUGGUCGAGCAAGAUCUAGGACGAGAUCACGUUCAAGAUCAUGGGACAGGGACAGGCGUAGAUCUAGAAGUCGAGAACAUAGGAGAGAUAGAGAAAGAGACAGAAGUCGCCCUUGGAGAAAUAAAUCACCUCCACUUAAUAUUCGUCGACAUGAUAGAAGACGAUCGAGGAGCCGGAGCAGCUCGCCCCUGCGCACACGCACUCGCGACGGCCCGGAGACCCGAAGCGAGCACAGGUCGCGUUUCCGCAAUCGCUCGCCGACGCCGAUCCGCUCGCGCUCCCGUUCUCGCUCCAUCGAGCGCAAAAAACUAGACAGGCUCGAGCGCGUGGACCUCGGGAGACUCGAUCGCAUGCAGGAGAGCGCCGCGAGUCCCGGGGGCGGUACGCCGACCCAGGACAGCAACCACGGCGACGUCGACAUGAGGCUGUCCACGACUAGUCAAUCCAUACAGAGCGGCGUUACAGUCGCUUCCUCUCUACCCGUUUCGACCAAGAGACGUUGCAGGGACUUUGACGAGAAGGGCUACUGCAUGCGGGGCGACCUGUGCCCCUAUGAUCACGGUACGGAUCCCGUCGUUCUGGAGGAUGUCCCACUCAGCAGAGUGCUGACGUUCGGGCCGCACGGCGCUCAGGCUCCAGGCGCCGUACCCGUAGUGGCGGUCCCCGAGGUCCCCCCGCCCGGGGGUGCCGGUCCCAACGGCAACGCACCCCCGCCGCACUUACCGAUUGCCAGUUUACCACCACCGCAUCUUCGCAAUCAGCACCACGCCAAUAUGGACGUGCUGACGGAAUACAACCCGGACGCGCCGAGCAUGGAGCCCCAGGUUCCGUGGGGCCGGCACCAGCCACCACCGGGGCCAGCGGUCAUGUACGGCCGGGGGCAACGAGAGCUGAUAAGCGUCCCUGUGGCACCUCACACGAACAACACGGAUCUGCCGAUGCAGCAGCAGCCACCUCAGCAACAGCAUCACCACCACCACCACCCGCACCACCAACCUCAUCAGCAGCAGCAGCAGCAGCAGCAGCAACUUCAACAGCUUCAACAACAGCCGCCGCUAGUGCAACCGAAACAUCCACCCACUAAUCCGCUUAAGCGUAAACAGGCCUUCGACUUCAAUCGGCUCGGACCCAAGCAACGUACCAUUUACAAUCCGAGCAAUUGCUCGCUCGAACUUAAGAAGGUUCCACGCAUCCUCAACAACAUCUCCCAGUUGAACAACCAUUUCAGCAAAUUCGGCAAAAUUGUAAAUAUCCAGGUGAACAUUGGCGGUGACCCGGAGGCGGCGUUGGUCACUUUUGAAUUGCCGAUCGAGGCCAAGAGGGCCUUUCGAUGCACCGAGGCGGUGCUCAACAAUCGAUUUAUCAGGGUUUUCUGGCAUAAGAACGUCAACAAUAACGCGGCCGCCGGAGCUAUCGAGAAUGUGCCACCAGUCGUCGGGCAGCGACCCUCCGUCAAAGACAGACUAGGCGCCGCAAUAGUACCAACCCCUGGUAAAAUUGACGACAACGAAUACGUACCCACUCGUCGUUUAACAGAGGACCAGCAACAGCAACAGUCUCAGCAACAGCCGCAGCAGCAACAACAGCCAUCGCCGCAGCAGCAAUCGCAACAACCUCAGCAACCUCAGACACCUCAGCCACAGGCCAGCCAAUCAUUGGUCACCGCAGCUGCUAAGGCAGUAGCGCCCGCGACGACGCGCGAAGACAAAGUCCUGGCUAUUAAGAAGACUCAAGAAAUAUUAGCAGCCAAAGAAACGUUAAAGAAGAAGCAAGAGGAGAAGAGAAAAGAGGCAUUGAAACUGACGGCAGAUUUGCGCAAGCGGAAGCAGGAACUUCUCGAUAAGCAAUUGACCGAGCUGAGGUCAUUGAUUGAACGGGCCGAGAAGAAUCCUGACCAGAAGGAUGCGAUUAUGGUGACGAUUAAAGUGAUGCAGCAGUCGAUAGACAGUCUAAGGAAAGAUCUUGCUCAAAGCAAUAAUGGACAGAGUACUAAUGCGACGAAUAAGCCACUGCCAAAGACGCGGGAGCAGGCGCAGAGAGAAAUUCUUGACGCCGAGCUUGAUCUCAUGACCGCUCAACAAGAGGGCCAAGACUCUGCCGAAUUACAAAAAAAAUUACUCGAGCUGAGGGCGCAUGCUGCGGCAAUGGAAUUAAACACCACAAGUACAGGCCGAGGGUCAAGACCAACCAGGCCUCCGCGUACAACCACCCACACUUUCAGAGGCAGAGGUCGAGGGGGAAGCUUUACUCAUGUCUCUGUUGAUCACAGACCAACCAAUCUUCUAGUUUCUGGUUACGAAACCGAAGAGAAAACAGAAGUGUUGGCGCAUUUUCAGCAAUUCGGCGAGAUCGUGAAUCAAAUCGUGGAUGAUGCCACGCCUUCUAUUGUUAUAAAUUACAAAUCAAGAAAAGAAGCUGAGCUCGCCAUGUCGAAAGGCCGCAACUUUCAAGAUCGUGUAUUGUCCAUAACGUGGGUGUCUGGUCAUCAUUUAUUACAUCGCGUUGGAGGAAGUAAUUCCAGCACUGGUACAAACUUAACGAGCUCAGCAUCCACUCAACGAUCUGAACAGUUACAAUCGAUGACUGACGAAGAAAUAGAUCUAGAGAAUGUUGCAGACGUGGAGACCUUAAUAUUAGAUGAAGGCGAAGAAGAGGAGGAUGAAGAUGGCGAACCCCGCAGUUGGCGACGAUAGCAAACUCUGUGACCUUUUUGACGAAUCUUUUUUUAUUGCAUAUAAUAUAAGAGUAUCUUUCGAUCAAAUUUGCGUGCAUACGGUACUAACUAAUUUACUAUCGCAUUGCUAAACGAUGUUUUUAGUGGACUCGAUUAGCCAUGUAUGAGAGAAAAAAUGAGGUGAAAACCAUAGAUUGUUCGUGUGUGAGCACCUUACGGGUGUAAAUUGAAUGUUAAAACACAUGUUUGUUAUGAUUAUGUAUGCCAUGGCACAUUAUAUGGUAUAUGAUAAUGAAAACUUGUCGUAUAAUGCGCUUGUCACGAAAGACACUUACUAUGAGAGUUUUCAGAAAAGGCAAAAAUUGAAAUGAAAAAAAGAAAAAGAGAGAACAGACGAGUAAUUGAAUUUUAUCCCAUUAUUUGUAGAAUAAAAUCGCUAUGUUUUGUAUGGGAA